AUGAAUUAAAAGAAAAUGCCAUAAGUUAAAGUCACUCUCAAGAAAGUUGCAAAUGGAUUUAUUGUUCAUGAUGCUGAUACUACUGUUCGAAUACCUAAAAGUAUUGUUCAAUAAACUCCUCCUUAAUAAACAAUAUAGAUUAAAAAUAAGUCUCAAACAACAUCAUUACCUUCCUAACCAUAAAUACCCUAAUAAUAAUUACAAAUAAGUCCAGCAAUACUUUCUCCAUAAUAAUCAUUUUUAUAUCCAUAAUUAAAUCCAGGAAUGCAAUAAAGUAUUCAAGUUUAAUAAUCUAAACAACCAAUUAUUUAUGCAUCUCCUCAACCUCCUUACAAGCCCAUUAUACAAUAAAAUUUAAUUAAUUAACCAAUCAUACCUUAGAAUUAUGAAAUUUAUCCUCCUGAUCCUUUUGUUACUAAAAAAAGAUCUUAUGAUAUUACUGUACCUUCAUGUACUUCUUGGUUUAGAAUUGAUAAAAUUCAUUCAAUUGAAAAGGAGAAUUUUAAAGAAUAUUUUAAUGAAGAGAAUAAAUACAAAACACCUUAACUUUAUAAGAAACAUAGAAACUUUAUUAUCAAUUUAUAUUAUAAUACACCAAAUAUUUAUUUGACAACUACUGCAUGUAGAAGACAAUUAGCUGCUGAUGCAUGUACAAUUGUUAGAAUUCAUGGAUUUUUAAAUCAUUGGGGAAUUAUAAAUUCUUAAGUGGAUUCAGAUUAAUACUAAGGCAAAAUUAUACCAUAACCUGCUAUUCCUGAUAAUUUAUUUAAUGAAUUAUUUUUAUCUAAAAAUAGUUCAGAACAAUAUUAAUUAAGUGAAUAAUAAAUUAUUGAUUCUAUAAGUGCAUUAUCGCUUAAAUUAAGGUUACAAGAUAAAAUAAUAUUAGGCCUAUUUGUGACUCAUGUUAAAUGAAAUGCAAUUUAGUUUGGUACCAACAAAAACCUAUUAAAGAUAUUAAAGAAAUUAUUCUAUGUAUAAAAUGUUAUGGAAAUAAUCAUUUUCCAAACAUACUUUGUGCAGAAGACUUUUUUAAAACUGAUAUUGAAGAAAAAUUGAAAAAUAUUAAUAUUUAAAUUGAUUAGACAGAACAAUCAGACUCUUAAUUAAAUGAUAAAGAAUUAUCAGAUAUGUUAAAUUACAUAUAAGAAAAUCCAGAAAUUGGUUGGGAUAAAAUUACAGAAUAUGUAAAUGAAAAUAGAAAAGUCAAAUUAGAUGUUGUUUAGAUUUUAAUUAAUUUUUUAAUGUAUCCACUUAAAAAGCAAUCUUCCAUUAUUCGUUCUUUAGAUGGAAAAGAACAAUUGUAAAAAUGGACUAUUUAUGAUUUAGCAAGUAGAAUAGCUAGUGAAGAAGUAUUAUUUAUAAUAUUAAAAAAUUAGCCUUAAAUUUUCUCUGAUUCUUCCAAUCUAUAUGCUUAUCAUAUAUCUAUUUUUUAAAAACGAUUAAAUUAAAAUGAAGAAUCAAAAUAAUAAAAUGGUGAUAAAUUGUGUAAUGGAACUCUUCACUAAGAUUUAAUUUAAUAAUAAACCAACCUAUAAAAUAGUUUAGUAAAUAUUAUAUAUCUAUUAAAGAAUGAUCUUGAUCACAAUUUAAUUGUUCAUUUCAAAGAAGAUUCAAUUAAAAAAGCUGAAAAUGAAAUUGUUAAAGAAGAAAAUAAAUUAAAUUAAUGUAUCAAUGCUAUUAUUAAUGUUUAAAUGGAAAAAAUUCUAUAAAAAAUUGCUUUUUUUGAAGAAUAUGAAAAAAUUGUGUUAAAUGAGAAAAACAUCUUAGAAUUAUAAUAAGUAUAUUAUUAUUUUAAAAAACUAGAAAUAAACACUUGCUGAGAGAUUAAUAGUCGUGUAAUAAAAGUUAUAAAUGUAUAAUGAAGAUAAUAAUUAAUGA